GUGGUUUGAACGUUUCCCCAGGAGUUGGCCAGGAGGGACCCUAACCCGACUGCUCUAGAUGGAGGGGACCUGUCAGAAGGAGCAUCGGGCUUUGCUCAACCCAGGAGAGGAGAAUGAGCUGGAGGUGUUUGGAUACCGUACCCAGACUCUGCGGAGAGCUGCGUGCCUUGUCAUCUCCGUGUUGACUGCUGGAGUCCUUCAGUUGAUGUUCUACUGGAGGCCUGAGUGGAGGGUGUGGGCCAGCUGUCUUCCAUGCUCUUUGCACGAAGCAGACACUGUUCUGCUGAGGACAACGGAUGAAUUUCAAAGAUACAUGAGAAAGAAGGUGUUCUGCCUCUACUUAUCCACACUGAAGUCUCCUAUAAGAAAGAACCCAGAAGAGCCCUUGGUGGCUGGUUGCCACUCUGUCAUAAACCGAGCCGUAAUGAAGCCAGAAUUAAAGCUACGAUGCAUCCAAGUGCAGAAAAUCAGGUAUGUUUGGGAUCACCUGGAGAAGCGCUUUCAGAAAGUGGGGUUGCUGGAAGAUAGCAACUCCUGCUAUGACAUCCAUCAAAUGUUUGGGUUGGGCCUGAGCAGCGAAGAGCAAGAGGUCAGACGACUGGUGUGCGGGCCCAAUGCCAUCGAGGUGGAAAUCCAGCCCAUAUGGAAGCUGCUGGUUAAACAGGUUUUAAAUCCAUUCUACGUAUUCCAAGCCUUCACCCUAACUUUGUGGCUAUCACAAGGCUACAUAGAGUACUCUGUUGCUAUCAUCAUUCUUACCAUCAUCUCCAUUGUCUUAAGCGUGUACGAUUUGCGACAG